AUGCUCAUAAACCGUAAUAAGAUUAAAAGGAAAUCAGGACAGUGCCUCAGCGGUGCGCAAAGACAGUGGUUAAAAUCGAACGGGAACAGCGCGGUCAACAUUAUCGUAAGAAUGUUCAACUUGUACCAGCACAUGAAAGCGAAUAAUGAGGGGAAGGAGCAAAAGGAGCCGGAGACGACGGGCCACGAUCGGUUCUACCAGGAGAGGCAUAGGUCCAGUUAUAGGAAGAAGAAGCGGCGGUGCAGACGGGCGCAGUCUGCCGCUGAAUUAAACCCUGAAUCCCUGGCGGCCGCAAAUGCCAAGGAUAAACGGAAUGCGUUCAGGGUUCGGUCUGUUUCCACUGACAAGGAGGAUAGUGAAGAGGAAAAUUCAGACCGUGCGCCGCUGGUCGCGCAAAAGAUAGAUUCUUUAGCCAAACUAUUGUUUAACAAAUCCAUCAUGGGUUCGGGUUCUGACAAGAAUUCGCCAUCAGAAGCUUCGCCAAAAUAUCCCGAAUGCACUAUAGAAAGUGGUGUGGCUAUCGCUAUUUGUUCAGAAUACUUAUCUAGAACACCAAGGUACACGUUACUCAAAGCAUUAAAUCAGGUUGGAUACCGUCCAAACAAACAUUGGUUCGCGAUACAGGACAAUACAAUAAAAACUGAAAGGCUGUUAACAGUGAUGCCCCUAACAAACAAAUGCCCAAUAGAGCCAACAGAACGAACACAGUGUCUGAUCAUGGAGUUAUUCAGAGCCCUGCAUCACCCCUACAUUUAUCCGGUGCUGGACUUGGAGUUGUGCAAUGGGCAUGCGCUGGUCGUGAUGCCUUUCAAUUCAACUGGGAGUUUGAAGGAUUUAAUUUAUAAGAGCACAUGGAGUGAUGAAUACACGAAGAAGUACACAUCAGUCGGUUGUGGUCUACCCGCUUCCCAAGUGGCCAGGUUUGGUAGACAGAUUCUGGAAGCUCUAUUAUUCCUUAAGGACAAAGGUUUUCCGCCAUACAGACAUUUGCAUUCCGGAAAUGUUAUGAUACAAAACGGGGUAGCAAGAUUAUGCGGUCUAGAGAACAAGCUUAUCGGCGCGAAGGGGCGAAGUCCUAACACCGAUGUGCCCUUAGACCACGUCGAAACAUUAUCCCUUGGACAUUUGCUAUUUGAGAUGUGCGCUGCAACUGAUACUGACUUCUUAUUACUACCUGAAUUGCAGCCAUCUUAUCCUCAAGUAGUAGAAAUAAUAGGGCUAAUAUUCGGCCAGCGCACUCCAAGUCUCCACGAGCUCUUAAUAUCGGAAUUGUUCCGAAAAAUCGACCUGAGGGAAAUGAAGGGGUCGUGUUUACCGAAUUUCAGUCAGAGACUAUCCCAAUCCUGUCUUUCGCUACUGAACGAAGUCAAUCGACAUGCUACGCCCCCCACGCUAGAUUAUCCACCACAGUCUUUCGGGGAUCAGAGUCCACGCAGUUUUGAAGACCAAGCCAGCUAUGCAGAUUACGCACGAUUUCGGGAUACAUCGCCCGUACGAGGGGAUUAUAGUCCACCUAGACGAAUCGGUUCCCCGGAUUCCCCACCACGCAGAAUGUUAGCAAUAUGUGUAGUCCAACCGAUGGAUUUGAUAAAGACGCGAAUGCAGCUUGCCGGGCCAAAGGGGAGUUCAAUAGGUGAAGUCGUCGGUGGUAUUAUGCAAAAGGAGGGGGUGUUUGGGUUCUAUUCCGGUUUGUCAGCAGCUCUAUUCCGUCAAGCGACGUAUACAACAGGGAGGCUUGGAUGUUUUAAUGCGGUGUUUGAUUAUUAUCAAUCAAACAUCGGGACACCAAAUUUCGCGGCUAAAAUUGGCCUCGGCAGUUUUGCUGGUGGUGUAGGUGCCAUUGUUGGAAACCCAGCUGAAGUGGCCCUAAUCAGAAUGACAGCUGAUGGCAGGCUGCCUCCCGAGCAGCGGCGGAAUUAUAGACAUGUUAUUGACGCUUUGGCGAGGAUAUGCCGCGAAGAAGGUGCCGGGACUCUGAUGAGGGGGGUCACUGCAACUGUCACUAGAGCCAUGGUUGUCAACGGGGCUCAACUAUCGACGUAUCAACAGACCCGUGAAAUGCUCCUAGCAUAUAUGCCAGAUGGAAUCCCAUUGCAUGCAACCUGCGCCAUGAUUGCUGGUCUUGUCACUUCCGCAGCAUCAUUGCCCGUGGAUAUUGUUAAAACAAGGCAAAAUGAUAUAUUUUUUAGAGUUUCAUCAUCAGAGGUUCAUGAGACUUCAACAACUGUCUUAAUAACUCACCUCAGCCAACAAAACUUUCUCACAGACCACGGCACAGUAAAAAAAGUUGAAAGGCGAAUAACUUGCAGGGUACAGAACUCGACAAAGGGCGCUGGUCAAGUAGCAGUUCUGAUGAAUGUUAUCAAGAACGAGGGUGUACUGGCGUUAUGGAGUGGCUUUCUCCCGACUUACGCGAAGAUCGGACCUCACACAAUCAUCACGUUCAUUAUUUUGGAGCAAAUGAAAGCCUUCUAUUUCAAACUAUGA